AUGGAAGCUUAUAGUAAGGGAAAAUGGAAUUUAUCUGUCGUUCCUUGUCCAGAGUUCCUUACCAAUCGAGGAUUAAUGAUCCCUCCAGAAAGCUACAAAGAGUCUAUAAGAGUCAAGACUGUUCAACAGUAUAUGGCUUCAAAACAAUGGGAGUAUAGGUCAAAUGAUUUGGAAAAAAUAAUCAGCCGUGCUGCACAAAUGGGAUCUGCCUCUGGUGCUUGUAUAUCUUUGAUUGACGAAACUAAACAAAUCGUCAAAUGUGGCCACUCAUCAGUUAGAGAGUGUCCCAGACAAAUGUCUAUCGAUGGGCACGCAAUUUUAUCCUCUCAAUACUUCAUUAUUUUGGACGCUUCCACAGAUUGGCGAUUCGCUAAUAAUCCCUUAGUGAAAAACUAUCCCAAGAUUAGGCUCUAUGCCGGGGUUCCCUUAGUGGCCAGUAAUAAACAAGUGAUUGGGAUUUUGUCAAUAUUUGAUGGUUUUCCAAGAUCUGAAUUUAAUUCUUUUUGUAUCCAGGAGUUGCAAAUUAUGGCAAGGGAAAUCAUGUCAAUAUUAGAUUCUACAUACCAAUCAGAAACCGCUGGAUCACAAAGCCAAGCAUUAAAAAACAUUCCGAGUGAAAAUCGAAAAGAUUUGAUAAAUCAGGUAGGUAGAGCCACAGGGGUUAAAAAUUCAACUUUUAAUACCAUCCCUGUGUACGAGAAAGAUGGUUCAGGCUCUUCAUAUGUCCAGAAUCAUAAUUUCAGGUUUGGAAAACACAAAUUCACUGAACAGGACAUUUUUAAUGCAGAGCUUGGGAAGAUGCUCGCUGAGUCAGGGGAUUUCAAAUUAGCUGCUAACCUAUUAUGUAAAAUAAUUUUAGAAAGAUUAAACUUGAGUGCUGUAUACAUUAUGGAAAUUAGAGUGGUAGGGGUCUUUGAGAUUGAUCCGGACUAUUUUCCGAAGCGGAAUGAGGUUGAAGCGGAGGAUUUCAAGUUUGCGGAGAUGUUAAGGAAAGUUGAAAGGGAACAUGUAAUCACAAGAGUUGUGGAUAGUUAUCCAGAUGAAAUUUCUGGUGAAUUGAAGGGCGAUGAAUCCGAGUCGUCCCAAUCUUUGCAUUAUAAAGCACUUAGCUCAGAAUUUGGGAUUUCUGUUAGAAGCACGAUAAGAAACUGUAACUGUGGUAACGGGGUUUGUUUACCCUUUUAUAGAAGGCCAUCAAAGCUAGUUAGGAAAGAAAAAAUUCAUAUCAAUGAUCAAAUCUUUGAACCAAUUGAGUUAUAUCUCAAAUCAGGAGGAUAUAUCAUUGGAGCGUUUUCCGAAAACGACGGAGUGACUACUCACGAGGAUAUCAAUUAUAUUUUGAACGCAACAGAUAUCUAUCGGAAAAUGUACAUUGACAGUGUUGCCUGA